GACUUUUUGUUCCGAUAUUAACGGAACAGCGUUAACCCCGAGGGGCCUUUACGUAGUACAGACCGAAAGGGUAGAGGGGAACGUAGAUAUAAAGGAGAGAGCCCCGUGCUCCAGGGGCUUAGUACCGUUCAAAGAUGCAGGCUGCUGAGAUGAUGCGUGGUACCAGAGCCGUUUACGAUCUUGUGGUUCUAAUAUCUCUCUCGGUUGCCUAUGUCCAUUCGUACCCACUUCAAGUAUUACCUGUCAUCCCGGGCUAUAUUCCGGUUUAUAUAAGGCAUGGUAAUCAACCACUGGAGGAAAUAAAUCUCGCGUUAGCCGAGGCAUUUCAUGAAGGACCGAACUUAUCUAAGGUUAACCUAUUAGCUAAAGAAGAAAAAGGAGAUCUUAAAGACUUGAAGAUUGAUAUUGAAGAAGAAAUCAAAAAUUUAGACAAUACGCAUUCCAAUCUUCCUAAAUCGUCGUCAGACGAGUCGAAUCAAAAGAAUGACGAACGAAUUUUUAAUGCAAUUAAAAUGGACGAUCGAAUCAUUACUAACGAUUCAACGACGAUAUCAAAGGAACUCCCGCAACAUCUUACUGAAGAAGCUCUUACAAUUCCAUUUACGAUAAAUGAUAAAUCACCUAUCAAGGAACAACCAGUCCCGAAUAUUAUAUCUAAUGUUCAAAAAUUAUCGCACUUAUCAAAAACAUUAUCAACACCAGAAAAGGAACGAACGGAGGAUCAAUCUAGAAAUGGAUUCGAAGUGAAGAUGAUAAUAUGAUUGGAAUUGAAAUCAUAAAAUGAUAAUAUACCAUUUAUAGUGAGACUUAUUUAUAGCAAUAUGGACAAUAUAGAAUUUUGUGAUACAACUUGUCCCAUGGAUUUUAACAUUCAGAUGUUUUUUGUCAAGUGUUAUAAAUCACUAUUGUAUAUUAUUGAUCUAUGAUAAUAAUACGUGAUGCAAAUAUGCUCGAAUAAAAUAUAUUUAUCCCUCGAUUUACGCGAUACUUUUUAUAUGCGAUUUUUUUUUUAAUAAAUAAUUUCACAGUUUACGCGGAUGUUUAUGAACAUUCAGAACACAUAUUUUUCUAUAAUCUUCCUUGAAUUUAUUAUAUAUCAUUGAGAUGCAAAUUCUUAUUUAACUAUAUUAAUUAUUUCAAUAUUUCUUGAUUAGACAAUAUUGAUAGCGAAUAAAAUUUAUUUUAACUUUUCUAAAUUUUUAUUAUCUUUUUUCUUGUAAAAAUAUGUGAAAUAAAUAUUUCUAUAAUUAUUUAUACCGAUUUUUCUUUAUAAU